AUGACAAGACGGUCGUCGGGAGAGCGCGGAGACAAUCCCUUGCACUUGGCAGCAAGAUCAGGAGCUCUAGAAUUGGUUAAGGAAAUCAUCUCCAAAACAAGUGAAGAUGGAGAGUUGAAGGAGGUAUUGUCGAAGCAGAAUCACUCCGGUGAAACCCCACUUUAUGUCGCCUCCGAAUGCGGUUAUGUCGAGUUGGUGGAGGAAAUGAUGAAGCACUAUGACAUUGAUUCAGCUGGCACUAGAGCUAGAAAUGGCUUUGACGCAUUCCAUAUUGCUUCCAAGCAAGGCAAUUUAGGGGUAUUAAAGGUCCUAAUGGAGGCUAUUCCGGAACUUGCAAGGACUGUGGAUCCAUCAAACUCCACGGCACUGCACACCGCCACGUCACAAGGCCACGUUGAAGUCGUAAACUUUCUCUUGGAGAAUGUCCGCAGCCUGGCCACCAUAGCAAGAAGCAACUGCAAAACUGCGCUGCAUUCUGCGGCGAGAAACGGGCAUUUGAUGGUUGUCAAGGCCCUUCUGUUCAAAGAACCGGGAAUUGCGGCAAAAACCAACAAGAAAAGACAGACAGCUCUUCAUAUGGCAGCUAAGGGACGUAAUGUUGAAAUAGUGGCGGAAUUGGUGAAGUCAAGCCCUUCUUUGGUAAACAUGGUUGAUGCCAAGGGCAAUACCGCUUUGCAUAUAGCUACCAGGAAAGGCAGAGCCCAGAUUGUUGAGAAGCUGCUAAAUUACAAGGAAAUAGACACAACCACCAUCAACAAACAAGGAGAAACCGCUCUAGACACUGCGGAGAGAAACGGGCAGUCAGCCAUUGCAGCCAUUCUCGUAGGCCGCGGAAUUCAGACCGCAAAACUCAUCAAACCACCAAGCUCUCGAAGCCAGUCCCAUGAGCUAAAACAAACCGUGAGUGUCAUAAAACAUGAGGUGCACAACCAACUCCAUCACACCUGCCAAACGCGAAAACGGGUCCAACAAAUGGUGAAACGCCUCAACAAAAUGCACCUAGAAGGCCUCAACAACGCCAUAAACUCCACCACAGUUGUCGCGGUCCUCAUCUCCACUGUCGCCUUCUCCGCAAUGUUCUCAGUCCCAGGGCUCUACGCCGACGACCUCAACAAACUCCCUCGAAACGUUUCGACCGGAGAAGCCCUGAUCGGUCCUAGAAUCGAGUUCGUCAUCUUCUUCACAUUCGACUCUUUUGCACUCUUCUUGUCCCUAGCCGUUGUGGUGGUCCAAACCUCAAUAGUUGUGAUACAAAGAGAGGCAAAGAAGAGACUCAUGGCUUGCAUAAACAAGCUAAUGUGGUUGGCUUGUGUGAUGGUUUCGGUGUCGUUUUUAGCGUUGUCGUAUAUAGUUGUGGGAGAUCAUCACAAAAGAUUAGCCAUUGGAGUAACUUUCGUGGGGACAUUUGUUAUGGCAACGACACUUGGGAUAAUGUGUUAUUGGGUGAUUGUCAAUAGAAUUGAGGCUUCUAAGAUUAGAAGAAUUAGAAAUAGAAGGUCAGCAUUAAGUAGUAGCGGAUCUAUGUUUUCAAUGAUGUCAGAUUCUGAUAUACUCAACAAUGAGUAUAAGACUGUCUAUGCAAUUUGA